AUGUCUGUUAUUUGUACCUCUGAAGGAAGCUCGCCGGUGCCCACGCCCUUGUUCUCCGCACCUGCGACACCCGAAACCGAGCGGGACGAAUACUUUGACGAACCUUCACUGCGCCUAGAAGAUGACGCCCCAUAUGUACUCGUCACCGGGGGACUGGGGUACAUCGGCAGCCACACCUCGCUGGAGCUGCUCAAGGCGGGCUACAACGUGAUCAUCGUGGAUGACCUGAGCAAUAGCUUCGACCACGUCUUCGACCGGAUCCUGCUAGCAGCCAAGCAACACUUCGAUCGAACAGGCGGCCACUGUCCGCGAGCCGAGCUGAGAUGCAUCGAUUUUCGCGAUAUGCCCGCCAUGCGCGCUCUACUGGCCUCGUACACAGUGGAGCCAUCACCAGACAUCAACAAUAACAGCACUCCGUCCCGAUCGAGAAUCACCGGAGUGAUCCACUUCGCCGCAUUCAAGGACGUCAACGACAGUUUACGCAAUCCCCUCAAGUACUACCACAACAACGUCACGGGCUUAGUAGACCUAGUCAGCCUACUCGCAGACCACGACAUCAAAACCUUCAUCUUCUCCUCCUCGGCCAACGUCUACGGUACAUUAGCCCAGAACCACGGCACCUUGCGUGAGGAGCACUGCGUGCACCAACCAGAAACCUACCACUGCGCCUCCUCCAGUGAACCCAUAACAUCCGAACAAGGCUGCACGGGAAUCACAAACCCCUACGGCCGCACGAAAUGGAUGGGCGAAGCUAUUCUCUCCGAUAUAGCUGCCUCUGAUCCAUCCUGGACCAUUAUAGGUCUCCGAUACUUCAACCCUAUUGGAUGCGACCCGUCUGGUCUCCUCGGUGAAGAUCCCCGCGGGACACCUUCAAAUCUCGUCCCCGUAGUCGUGCAAGUCCUGACGGGCCAGCUGCCAGCUCUAUCUGUCUACGGCACAGACUGGGCGACUCCCGAUGGCACUGCUAUCCGCGACUUCAUCCACGUGUCGGACGUGGCGCGCGGACAUACAGCAGCCCUGGCGGCCGCGCUGGCGGGAAAGGUGAAGACGAAUUUUCGCACGUUUAACCUAGGGACGGGGCGAGGGCAUUCUGUUGCUGAGGUGGUCGCCGCUAUGGAGGGCGUCAGUCAUCAGGAUAUCCCGAAACGGCUGGCCGAUAGGAGGCCGGGGGAUGUGCAGGAGUGCGUGGCGGUGCCGAAGAGGGCAGCUUGCGAGUUGGGGUGGGAGGCGGAGAAGUCGUUGCAGGAUGCGUGUCAGGAUUUGUGGCAUUCGUUGAGGGGGGAUAGGGUGGAGGGGAUGUUGGGUUGA